AUGGUGGUGGUUCUUAUGUGGAAUGCAGGGAGUGUUGGGGUUCUCACAGAAGCUCAGUGCCGUGAAGAGAUGAACAUAUUGGCGAAUGCAUGCAAGCCAUUGCUGACAGGAAAUCCCGCAACCCCAUUUUGCUGUGAAAGAGUGAGGGUGACCCAUGUUGAAUGUGUGUGUCCUUUUAUUACACCAAAACUGGCAGCUCUCAUUGAUGUCAAUUAUGCUAUCAAAGUCAUUCAGGGUUGUGGACGCCAAGUCCCUAGCCAUUACAAGUGUGGAAAUAUCACUACUCCUGAGGUAGACAAAGUGAUGUUCAUAGGAGCAUUCUAUUGCCAGUAUUGA